GAGAGACUCUUCUCCCCUCACACCGCUGUUUCUCAUAACCAACCAUUCUCUUUCUGUGGACGAAACUCAACCCUUAAAGAAGACCCAUAGAUAUAACCAGAGAGCAUUAGCCUGAGAGAGAGAGAGAGAGGUUUGCUCAAAGACAAGAGACCAAAAUGGCAUUGAAGCUAAACUCUUUGGCAUGUCAGCCAUACAAACUCGCUUCCUCGACUCGUCCGCCAAUCUCUACUUUCAGAUCUCCCCAGUUCCUCUGCCACGCUUCUUCUUCACCCGCUCUCAGCUCCAAGGAGGUCGAGAGUUUGAAGAAGCCAUUCACGCCACCAAAGGAAGUGCACGUUCAAGUCUUGCACUCCAUGCCACCCCAAAAGAUCGAGAUCUUCAAAUCCAUGGAAGACUGGGCCGAGCAGAACCUCCUGACCCAUCUCAAGGACGUGGAGAAGUCAUGGCAGCCCCAGGAUUUCUUACCCGACCCUGCAUCCGACGGGUUCGAAGAUCAGGUGAAGGAGCUAAGAGAGAGGGCAAGAGAGCUCCCCGAUGAUUACUUUGUUGUUUUGGUGGGAGACAUGAUCACAGAAGAAGCGCUUCCCACCUACCAAACUAUGCUGAACACUUUGGAUGGAGUUAGGGAUGAGACUGGUGCUAGUCCCACUUCAUGGGCUGUUUGGACAAGAGCUUGGACUGCUGAAGAGAACCGGCAUGGUGAUCUUCUCAAUAAGUAUCUUUACUUGUCUGGUCGUGUUGACAUGAGGCAGAUCGAGAAGACCAUUCAGUACUUGAUUGGUUCCGGAAUGGAUCCACGCACAGAGAACAACCCUUACCUUGGCUUCAUCUACACUUCAUUCCAAGAGAGAGCCACCUUCGUCUCUCACGGGAACACAGCACGCCAAGCCAAAGAGCAUGGGGACCUCAAGCUAGCUCAGAUAUGUGGGACAAUAGCCGCAGACGAGAAGCGUCACGAAACAGCUUACACCAAGAUAGUUGAAAAGCUCCUUGAGAUUGAUCCUGAUGGUACCGUGGUGGCUUUUGCAGACAUGAUGAGAAAGAAAAUCUCGAUGCCUGCUCACUUGAUGUACGAUGGGCGUGAUGACAAACUCUUUGACAACUUCUCUUCCGUGGCUCAGAGGCUCGGUGUUUACACUGCCAAAGACUAUGCGGACAUUCUUGAGUUUUUGGUCGGUAGGUGGAAGAUAGAGAACUUGACAGGGCUCUCGGGUGAAGGAAACAAAGCGCAAGAGUAUUUAUGUGGGUUGACUCCGAGAAUCAGGAGAUUGGAUGAGAGAGCUCAAGCAAGAGCAAAGAAAGGUCCCAAGAUUCCUUUCAGCUGGAUACAUGACAGAGAAGUGCAGCUCUGAACAAAGAAUAAUAAACCCAUUUUCUCUCUCUCCGUUCCUCAUUGGAUCUGUCUGCUCUUGGUAUUGGUGUAGAUUACUAUGGUUUCCUGAUGAUGUCCGUUGUGGUCUAGAUACAAAGUUGAGAAGCAGUGUCUUAGUAACUUUGUUUUUCUUCUUUUUCUUCUUUUUCCAGUCACUUCACUAUGUUUUAUGUUUGGUCUUUUAGUAAACUUGUGGUAGUUAAAACUUAAAACAGUUGAGCGUUUGGUCUGUACUCAGUUUUCACUGUUGAGUUUUUGUUUUAGUUGAAGUUAGUUUUUGUAUGUU